AUGGCUCGACCUUUUGGGAAGAUAAGCGAUAUCAAUUACUUGAAGGACUCGUGGAAGGUGGCGGUUGGCGUGCACCAUAAAUGGUCGGUCGUUACGCACAAUAAAGAAUACUUCAAAAUGAUAGUUGGUGACAAGGAUGGGAUUGACAUACACGUUGUUGUUCCUGCAACAUAUUUCCCAGCUUUAAAUAAUGUUAAAGGUCGACCAUCAAACAACACCCUUAAUUGUACUCUUUGGGAGACCUAUGAUUCUCAAUUCAUAAAAUUCAACCAAGACCGGGUUAAUGCAUCUGGCCCAACUGUCAUUUUGCUUCAGUAUGCAAAAGUGAAGGAAGAAGGCAAGUAUCCACUUUUUGUUACUAACACUUACAACGUAACUAAAUUAUCGAUCAAUGUUGAUAUUCCUUCAAUCAAUGAGUUUAUAAAUAGCAUCCCUAAAGACUCCAUGGUUAACGUGUCCGGCCAACUAUCUUCACAUCAUUCCCAAAACUCUGAAAAUUCUCAACAAUCUCUUUUUCAAAAACUACUUUUAAAGGCUAUUUUAUUUCUUCUCAAUGACAUUUGUAAACUUCGUGAGAUUACCUUAUGUGAAACUAUGACUACAACUAAAAAGCUAAUUGCAUCACAGUAUGACUGGUAUUAUCAGGCUUGUCGUGAGUGCCCGAAGGUUGCUCGUGGUGAAAAAGCUCCUUUCAUGUAUGAAAGUGGACAUUCGACUGAAGCUGAGAUCUUUAGGUACCAUACAUGGACAUUCCACCGCCACAAUAAAGUUGUACAAAUAGAAAUUGAAGUUACGCAUUUUGGGAAAUAUUAUAAAGAAAAAUUAUGGGACAGAGAAUGCUCACAACUACUGGAAAUAUUUGUUGCUCAAAUGUGUGAUACAAUGAUAAAGGUUGGAAGUACCGAUCCCUUAGAGUUCCCAUUGACACUUGAUGUGAUGUUGGGUUUGGAGAUUGCCUUUAAAGUUUAA